GGCUGCCGCUGUGCCGACCGGCGACGGUUGUAAUCCGUAAAUUUUUUCUUUAGUUGAACGAUGGCUAUGACGGUAGAUGUGUGUGCUUGCCUUUCGCAGCAUAAAAGUACGUUACUUCGAGAACUAUGUGAUACAAAUGUAUUAGAUGUGCUCGUGAAAAAGGGUUUAUUUAGCGUAAACGAUUUAGAAGUAAUUACCAGUGCUAGUGGUAAUGAAAAGUGUAAUUAUUUUAUAGAAAUUGUUGGUAAACAAAGCGGUGUGAAGUUACAAGAAUUGUGUGCUGUGUUGAACAAUGAAUGUCCAAAACUAGCUAAGGAACUUAUGAAUGAUCGACGGAAGUAUGUUAUAAAUGGAUACUCCACAACGAAUGCCAAAGAAAACAUGGUGAUGAAUCAUAACUUGAACAAAGAAUCUCCCCGUUCCCGUCGUUCAAUAUCGCAAUGCUCCUGCAACAGCAUCUCACGGCGAUCUUCGGCCGCAGCGUCUCCGGUCACAUUGCCUCCACUGAACAACACCAUGGAGAUGUACGUCGAACCCGUCAUAGAAGAUACGGCAGAAAGAAAUUCCGGCUGGGAGACUCACAGAGUGCGUUUAAACAGAGUCCCUAGCUAUGGAUUCGGUAUCGCUGUGUCUGGGGGCAGAGACAACCCCCACUUCGCUAGUGGUGAUCCAUCGAUUGCAGUGUCUGAUGUCCUGCGAGGAGGACCUGCGGAAGAUAAAUUACAGGUUAAUGACAGGAUAGUAUCAGUCAAUGGUGUGCCACUAGAGAAUGUUGAGUACGCGCGAGCAGUGCAAGUGUUACGGGAAUCUGGGGCUACAGUUUCCCUCGUAGUGAGAAGACGAGCACCCGCACCGCCACCAACAGCACCUACCUCCAUCAAGCUGGCUCUGACGAGGAAUGGGAAGAAGGAAGACUUUGGAGUCGUGCUUGGGUGUAAAAUAUAUGUCAAAGAGUUGACGAUGCGCGCUCGUGAACAAUUGAACCAGGCGGGGCAGGGCCUCUGCGAGGGUGAUGUGAUCUCUCGAAUUAAUAACACACCGGUAACAGAUGCCAUGACACUGAAAGAAGCAAAGAAAUUAAUAGAUUCCUGCAAGGAUCGACUUAAUUUGGUCAUCACAAGGGAACUUAUAAGAGAAGAGACCGUCAGUAAUGGAAAUUAUCACAACAACUAUAGUAGUUUAGAAGCGACACCACACAACACAUACCCGAACAACAGUGGGGAAUCUCUUUCAUCUCCGUACUCAAGCAGCGGGCAGAACUUGUACGUAGCGGCUCCAGUCAGAGGGUCAGACAAUCGCCGUGGUCAAAUGUCAUUGGACGAUCAGCCACCGAGACCACCACCUCCUAGGAAUGAUGAUUACUACAGCAGUCGAAGACAGCUGUACGAAGAGGAUGUGAUGACAAAUCAAAGGAAUAAACCGCAGACUGAGCCGAGACUUAUAAGCUUCCAGAAGGAAGGAUCAGUGGGUCUUCGUCUUUGUGGCGGAAACAGGUCUGGCGUGUUUGUGUCAGGAGUUCAGCCGGCCAGUCCUGCCGCCUUGCAAGGCUUGCAGCCCGCUGAUAAGAUACUCAAGGUGAACGACAUGGAAAUGAAGGGCGUGACCCGCGAAGAAGCGGUCCUAUUUCUGCUGAGUCUGCAGGACCGAAUUGAUCUCAUUGUGCAGCAUUCGCCUGAAGAAUACAACUCUGUUGUUAGUGGACAAAUGCCUGGUGACUCAUUUCACAUAAAGACCCAUUUCCACUACACGGAGCCAACUGAUGGCGAGAUGUCGUUCCGGUGUGGAGACGUCUUCCACGUCGUGGACACGCUGCACAAUGGCACUGUUGGAGCGUGGCAGGUUUACCGGAUAGGUCGUAAUAAUCAAGAGGUCCAAAAAGGAACGAUUCCUAACAAGGCGCGCGCUGAAGAGCUCGCAACGGCUCAGUUCAACGCCACAAAGAAAGAGAUGUCAGGCAACGAUGGGAAACAUAACUUUUUCAGGAGAAGAAGAUCUACGCAUCGUCGGAGCAAGAGUCUUGGGAAGGAACACUGGGAUGAAGUGGUUCUCUCAGAUAGUAUAAGUAAAUUCCCCGCAUAUGAAAGAGUUGUAUUGAAGCAGCCAGGGUUUGUCAGACCCGUGAUUAUUUUGGGCGCGGCCGCUGAUAUCGCAAGAGAGAGAUUACUUACCGAGAAUCCUGAUAAAUUCGCAUCGCCGAAAAUGGAUAGCACCUUAGAAGACAGUAAGACAAAGUCAUCCGGAAUUAUCCGGUUAUCCAGCAUCCGAUCUAUAAUGGAGCGUGGCAAGCACGCACUACUGGAUAUAACGCCAAACGCAGUCGAUAGAUUGAACUAUGCGCAGUUUUAUCCCAUAGUCAUCUUCCUUAAGGCGGAUAAUAAACAUAUCAUCAAAACACUGAGAUCGGGAUUGCCUAAGUCAGCCCAUAAAUCCUCAAAGAAACUACUAGAACAAUGCCAACACAUGGAGCGGGUUUGGGGUCAUGUCUUCACUCACACCGUGACCCUUAGCGAAGCGAACCUUAACACUUGGUACAACAAGUUGUGCGACCUGGUUCAGAGGACCCAGCAACAGCAAUUAUGGGUCUCAGAGACCAAGCACGUUGAAAUGGUGUCGGACAUUUACUUCCCGAUUCCCCCUUCUCCUUACCCAGCCUUUUACCCUAUUUCAUACCCUGUCAAAUACUAUCCCCAAUCGCCUGAGCCCAACCGCUCACCAAACAUUUUCUCACCAGAGACUAACAAACGUCACGAAUUGUAUGACGCUAACAGAAAUCAUGUAGUUCCAUACUACUACUCGGAAACAUUAACACCAAGCAUGCCUAACAACAUGUACAGUGUAACUAACCCGAAUAGAAAUAGACAUACAUUCAGCUACCCGUACGAUGAAAGACAUCGGCAAAGACGCUUGCAAAACUCCACCCUAAAUCCUGAAUCUCAGGCCUUCAAGGCUCAGAACCUCAGGCCUUAUAGUGUUCUGGAAACUUCGAAAUUACCGAUCAAUAGGCCGCAGAGACCAAAGUCAGUCCUUCCACUAUCAGAUCAGUUUAGACCGGCCUCAGCAUUUUUCCAAAAAGAAAAAUCGAAUGAGGUGCCAGAAUGGAAGGCGCGUUUGCAAAAGGAAAUGCCUAAGCCAAUUCUCGAUAAGCCUGUACGGCAGAUCUGUAGAAUACCGAAUUGUAAAUGCAGUCAGAAACCGUUCAUGAAUAGCAGAGUGAGCGAAUCUCGGACACUUCCCUCAAUAUCUCAGAGGUCUCUAAAUAAAUCUAAGAACCUGUCAUUGCCGACAUUAAAGUUAGAUGACGUAGACAAUCUGGAUAAGAUCGAAGUAGAGAGAGAUGUUAAACCGAUAUCAGAACAGAACUUGGGACAUCGACCAGAACCGUUAUCCGAUGACUUCUUGUUCUCAAUGUCAUCGAGUACGGAGAACAGGCUGUCGUAUGCUUCUAGUCCCGAAAGCGAUUUGGAAGUGAGUCCACCAGCGCCAAGGCUUGUCAAGUCAUCAUCUGAUCCUUCCAUAGCAACAACGCAGGACAACAUGGAUCGUGAUGAAGACAUAAGCCAUAUGGUGGACGCAGUCCCUCCGCCUUAUACGCAAAGUGGCUACGACAGCAAAUAUGGGUUCUCGUCUAACACAAAUGGUCAAUCUAACGGCGUGAAUCACAUGCCGACCAGUAAUGAAGCCCCUCCAUACCAAUGUAAUCCUUUGUCGCAGUCGCCGCCACAUUCGCCGUUGUAUGGAACUGUACCCGAAUUGCCACCUCGUACGACCAAUCAGUCGCAAGUGACGCGUCCAGCGGGUGGAGUUUUGCUACCUGCUCCGCCGCCCGGUCGCCCACCGCAUUCACUAAGACACAAUCCCACUAGCCGACCAAGUGCGCAAGAACGUCUAUUCGGUCCGCCGAAAGAGAGCAGCGGCGAUGAAAACGCCACGUACUCGGCGCGGCCAACGAGUAUGGUGAUACAGCCCACACAGGGUUCACUUGAUAGACAUCGACAACAGCAAACGUCAUACGACGGCACAUAUGAAUACAAUAGUAACAAUCAACACAAUACCAGUAUGGGCUCGCGUUUACCUCCCAACGCGCCUGACGACUUAAAAGUGGCUCCCUCUAUCAAAAUGGAACCGCCUUCUAACCCAAACAGCAUGACACAAAGUCCGCAACGCAACUCCAACUCGUUGGAGCAUAAUCCUAUUGACUACCGACCGCCAGAUAACACAUACAGGUAUAUAUACAGUUUAUAUAGUCUUAAGUUUUUUUUUUGUUAUCUAACAAAUAUUCACACACAUUUCAUUGUAUAUAUUGGACAAGGCGUUACCUUCCAUUUUUCUAAGUUCGAUAAAGAAAAAUUCUAUAUUUCUCUUCUUGACCCAAAGCCAAACGUUACAGAAAGCCUAGUUUGUUUGCUGAAGGCCAUUCUUUUAAUUUGCAUUGAGUCACUAUUAAAUUUUAACAUGGGAUCCCGCAGUAGGGGUCAGAACGGUCCAAACGGUCCGAAUGGUCCAAAUGGUCCGAAUGGUCCGAAUGGGCCGAAUGGGCCGAGCGAGUAUCGGCGUGCGUUGCCGAACGGGGUUCACAGUCACGCACGCGGCCCGUCACUGCCUAACGUCACCACUAACGAUCAUAACAAGUACAGCGCAAGAACAAACUCUGUAUCGCAAGCAGACUAUGCGCGUGCGCCGCCAUACAAGCCAGUGCCGCCGCCAAAACCCAAACAUUACCGACCGCCCGACAAUCACCCGCCUAGGAAUGGGAACAUGGAGCCAAGCCAAAUGGGCAAUAUGAUGCCCCGUCCGCCUGGUCCCAUGGGCCCUGGACCCAUGGGUCCGCCCCCUCACUACUCUCAUUCACACUCACACUCCCAACCCGCGCAUCAGCCUCCGCAUCCACACUAUCAACAGGGUAUGUACAGUGGUCAAAUGGGUCACCAGCCCCAAUCCCCACCAUAUUCAGGACCGCCGUCCCACCAUCGAGCCAUCAAUUUGCCCCAUAACCCGCACCUUAUUGAUUUAGCCGGCAGCCGUGAGCAAAGAGGUUCCGCAUUCGAACUGUAUAGAAAGCCGCAACACAUGCACAACUUGAGCUCAUCCGAUGCCAUGAACUCCAGCGCGGAGCCCGAUGAAACAUUCUCACCAAAAACUAAAAAGAAAUUGUCCAAAAAACCUUCGUUCAUUAAAAAUGCCGUCCUCGAUCUUUUCCGCUCGAAAAAUAAAAAAGUGUCUCGACAAAAGUCAUUGUGCGAAAGUGACUUGCAACAGAGACAUGGUCAAAUACCGAUGUUGAGACGAGAAAAAUCUGAUUUAAGCGACUUAUCCAUUCAUAUGAGAAAUACGCAGAUAAGAAAUCAAAUGUUACAACGUAGUAACUCAUCAUGUGAAAAACCUUUACUGAAACCGAUACUUAAAAGGCAAAGUUCAUUCUGUGAUGAUAGAAAUGGCUCCAUUUGUACAGUUAGAGAUUAUGAAGCCAAACCUACUUUAAAAAGCCUUCGAAGACAGAAUUCUAUGUGUGAAAUAGAAACCGAACCUAAAGUUACCCCCUUGUUACGCAGACAGAACUCUCUUAUAGAAUAUAAUAGAAGAGGUAUCUACGGACAAACCCCAAGCUUUAAUAUGAUUACCAAAAUAGACCCGAUUUACCAAAGACAACAACAAAAUAAGCAUGAACCCUUCUAUCCAACCCAGCCUCUACCUCCAGAACCAGUAUACCAAAGUAAGGAACAUGUUAUUUAUGAUCCUAUUCCUAAGCCUAAAAGAACUUACACUUCUAUAUAUGACACUUCUAGUGAGAAUCCGUAUGCGAGUAGAUCUGAAGUAUCCAGCCAAGGUUACGAAAAUCCAUACGGAAACCGUGAAACGGUAGCAAUGCCCCUUAUAGAUCCACCAUAUGCGACGCGAGCAGAGUGUAUACGAGAAAAUCCCUAUGCAACUAGAAAUGAAGUCAUGGAGAAUGCAUAUGCUAAGCAAGAAAUACCACGAAAAACUGAGAGUAUUUACAAUGAGCCACCAUAUGCUACUAAAGAACAAAUGUUAAGACAAAGAAUGACAAAUGAAAGUCCUUACGCUACUAAGGAAGAUAUGCUUAGGCAAAGAUUUUCAGAGUCUCCUUAUAAUACUAGGGAAGAAAUGCUUAGGCAAAGAUCAGAUACUUCAGUUACCAGUAAGGAACCAAUUUAUGGCAAAAGAACCUAUGAACCUCCGCCAAGUACUUCCUGGUCAGAGAAUCCAUAUGCAAUACGCCCAGACAGGCGCCUGCAUACGCCUGUGACAUAUCCUGGUAGAUCUUCUCCGAUGAAUAAAUGCAUGAGUGAGCCACCAUACAUUAGUAGGUCAGACAUGCUAGCAAGAAUUAAUCAGACUGAAUCGCUGUAUGGUGCGCGAACUCAAAUGAAAUCGAGUUUUUCGGAUUAUGGCACCCGAAAUGAAUUAUUUGAUUUGCCUCAGCAAGUAAGACCAGCAUCGGCCGAAUGUACAUAUGUAUCUAAACAAGAAAUUUUAUCGCAAAAAGCAGCCUUGCUAGCUAAUAAAGAAUCUUCUUAUAGCGCUAAGUUAGAAGAAAAAUUAGAAAUAAUAAAACAAAGAAAUCAAGCGAAAAAAGAAAAAAUAUAUCAAACUAGAUUGGAAGCUAAUGAAAGUGAUGCGGUAAAAAGCCGAGAACCAUUGUAUGUAUCGAAAAGAGAUCUAAAAGAAAGUAUCAUCUAUGAAUCGAAUCAUGAAGCUAAAGAGGUUCAGCCUGUACCUACUCAGGAUAGUGCUAGAAGUAGCCCAUAUGAGUUAAGUGAUGCAAAUCAUUUGUCUCGACGAGAACCUGUGUAUCAAACAAAAGCUGAAGCAAUGAAUGGGGAAACAGAGAAGUUUCAGGAAAUAGAUUUUUCGAAAUUAUAUCUUACUGAAUCUAAGACAGACGCGGAAAAAGAAAAAACAAAAAGCUUAGAGGCUAAUGUUUUGAAAGGUGAAGCAUUGUAUGCUCCUCGUUUACAUGGAAAAGCCGAACACAUAUCAAAUGCACUCAAAAUAACGUCGUCUCCAAUACCAUAUGAAUCUACAACAUCCAUGGAAACUCAGUAUGCUUCUGAAUGUAGUAUGAAUUUUGAAAAUAAACCACAAAGCACGCCAUAUGCAUCGCAGGACUUGCAAGACCGACCUAAACCUAAUCGAACUGUGACAUUCUGUGAAAAAAUUGUAGAAAAAAGUCCUGAAAUUAGCCAGGACACAUCCGAAAACACUUCAAAUAGUCGAAACGAUACAACUAUUAUGAGCAACGAUAAUACAAUUGUCAAGGUGACAUCAGAAACAAGUGAGGAGAAAACUGAGGUGGUCGAACCAGAUGCACCACACACUACUUGGGGUAUAUUCGAUAGCGAAGGAGGGGUUCUAGAGGAUAGGCAUUGGGGUGUUUCCCUUAUAAUACCUCCAAAAGCAAUUGCUCCGGGGAUCAAGCAAAAGAUCUACUUUACGGUGUCUGAUCCGCGAUUGAGCCAGCGCGUAGGAGGACCUCCCAUCGACAUGGAUAACGGUGAAGCAAUGCUGUCCCCACUAGUGAUGUGCGGGCCUCAGGGGCUCGUAUUUUUACGACCAGUGACACUCCGCCUACCGCACUGCGCUAAUGCCGUCCCAUCCCUAGGCCUGACUAUCAAGGCUACUGAUACAGAAGCCCAUCUUAGUACCGACUGGGAUAAUAUACACUUGCCUGCUACAACCACCCUUAAUACUGUGGCAGUUAAAGUUGACCAUUUUUAGUUGCGUUCGUUCUUUGUUUGUACUUGAUGUCUUAAAUCAAUCAAUCAGGCUCGAGGCUGAGAAUUUAGUUGAAGCGUAAAAUAUUAGAUAAUUGACGUAUUUGUAUGUUAGAAAAAUCAGAUCUUCCGAUGUGCUUUUGUAUAGGUAGCGUUGACUUCUUUGACUUAUGUGAUUCAUGUAAUGUUGUCCGGCAUUCCCACCUAUAUUGCAAUUCUUUAAGAAGUGGUGCUAAAGGAUUUAAGAUAAGAAUGAGACAUAGGAAUCUCUAGAGCUUAUUAAGCAUUAUUAAAAGUUAAGCGAAAGUCUAUUUCAUUGUAUUUGAAAAGACAUUUUUAUUUUUGAGACGAAUUCAGAAUAGAUAUCUAAUUAAUAAGUCAUCGUUGUACUCUAUAACGGACCUAUGUAAUUGGCAAAUGAAAUUUACGGCAAACGAUUUCGAAGAUAAAAUUUCCACGGUAAUCUUUUCGAAUAAAAGAUAACAUUAACUAACUAACGCUUUGUUGGCCAUUGAAUUCCAAGCUGAUACUAGAAGCUACUGGAUUCAAACAUAAAAGGUAUAUAUAAGGUAGAUAUAAGUUCACAGCUGUCUUAAAACUGAAUAAAAAAAUAUUUUCGUCAUGGAUAGAAUUUCAUUUCGAAUUGCUGUGUCAAGGCUCCUUUGCUAUUAUCUUUUUUGAAUUCGUAACAAAAAUCUAUAACUAAGACAUGCCUUACCAUAUUGUAGAUUAUUCUAGUUAUUCAUUCAUUAAUAUAAUUAUUUAAUCAAUAUACGCGUAUUUUUAUUGUUAAUUAGCACAGAAAUUACACUUUGGCUUCCGUAAUGUUAAUUUUAAAAUUACUAAUUAUAGUUGUAUUCACGUAAUUUGGCCUUUGGCUAGAGUCAUAUUUAGGUAAUAGCAUUACGUUUGUAUGUAUGUUUUCUUGUUACUAGUGAAACUAUGAAUUUACCUUUGACCCAACUAUUAAAUUUUAUAUUUACUGAA